UUCCAUUCCAUAAACCCGAGGAAGCGCACUGUCACACGCCCCGCCCCACCCCACCCCUCCCCCCGCUCCACUCCGCCGCGCGGCCACCCCUCCGCCAGAACCCUAGGAAAAUCACGGAGAAGGCGCGGAGGAAGCAGCCGGCCUCCCUCGCUCGGGAAGAUGACGGAGAAUCACCGCUUCUGGGGAGUUGUUGUCAAACCUGGAGAGACGGUGAAGUGUGACCCAGGGGAUUCACAUUAUCACAUUUCGACGAUAGCACUGGAGGCUGGCAAGGCAGAAGAGAAUGUGCAAGUUUUCGUCAACACCGAUGAUACAAGGAUUAUGCUUGGCACACUGUCAGUUCAUAAUCAUCCUCAUGUUUUAGCUGAUCUGGUGUUCAAAAAGGAGUUUGAGCUGUUGCACUCCUCAAUGACCAGCAACAUCAGCUUUACGGGCUACAAAUUUGAUAUUAUGAAAAGAUCUCACUCAUGUACUAAACAAGGUGAUGAAUCUGACGAGGAGGUUCCAAUGGCCAUUCCACUAGACUUCAAUACAGACGCUAACAAAAACAAUGAAAUUGCACAUGAUGCCAAUAAGCUUAUUGCACCAAGGCCUGCUGAUGCUCCAUCCUCUAUACCAGAGGCUACAGUUGAGGAAACAAAUACUCCUGGAAAGCAAAAGGCAGAUGAUAAGGGUAAGGCUAAUGCACAGAAUCCCAUUGAUGGCGCUGAUAAUGAGAGUUCUGAUCAAGAUGUGGAUUAUCUACGAAAGAAAACAAAGGACGAUUAUAAUCCAAUGGAAACACCUCUGAACACACCCCAGGGGAAGAGGGCAAAGAUAGCAACACCAACUACGGGCAACAAAACUGGCUAUGUCCAUGUCGCGACCCCUCAUCCAGCAGCCAAACAGGCUUGCAAGUCUGUUGACCAUGUCCAUGUUGUGACCCCUCAUCCAGCGGUAAAACAGGCUCGCAAAUCAGGUGACCGUGUCCAUGUUGUGACCCCUCAUCCAGCGGCAAAACAGUCUCAUAAGUCAGGUGACCAUGUCCACGUUGCGACCCCUCAUCCAGCGGCUAAGCAGGCUCGUAAGUCAGGUGACCAUUUCCACGUUGCGACCCCUCAUCCGGCAGCAAAACAGGCUCGCAAGUCGGGUGACCAUGUCCAUGUCGCGACCCCUCAUCCAGCUGCGAAACAUGCAAGGAAGACACCUGAAAACAGCGAUGACAAGUCUAAGCAAUCUGCUGGCCACGUCUGCAAUUCAUGCAACAGGGCUUUCAGCUCCUUGAAGGGUCUUGAUGAUCAUUCCAAGAUGAAGCAUGGUGUCGCAAGUAAGGUGGCCUGAAAGAUACCAUGGACAGGCUUGAGUGAGGUGUUAGCUCAGGGGGAAUGCUGGUGAAAUGAAUUUGGGUAUCCAGGGAAGAGAUGAUGUGUAAAGAGGUUGCUUCUUUUGGGUAUAUUGGACCCUACGCACAAUCAGGAUAUCUCUAGAAUGGUGUUGGUGCUAUGCUAAGAAAUGCUGUUAUCUGUGCCAGGAUUCUGGAAUCACGUGGUUGAUAGUAAUGGUUUUGGUACUA